UGUGUGUAAUCCCCGGUGCCAUCUGUGACACCCCUCCCCCGCCUGGGCUCGAGGCCAGUGCGUGGCGCAGUGAUGCGCGCGAGGACUCCGCUUCUUUGGGCCCGAACCGCUUAAAAGGCGGAGAGCUGCAGUGCUCCGGGAUGCCAUGGACGGCGUGCAAACCAAGCCGAUCCUUCAGAUGGACGCCAACCACACAGAGCGUGUGCCCUCAUCCCUGCUGGUCACCUACGACCAGGACCGCUGCAGAGAGCAGAUCGCCAUCACGGCGACGCGCUCGGAGAGUCCCCCUGCCGCCGAGGAGACCGCGUCCCUCGUCCGCGAUGCCGGCACCAACACGGAUCCCGUUGGCUGCUGCGCCCGGAUUCGAGAGGUCUGCCCGUGCCCCCCGCGGGGGCUCCUCGCCUCCCUCGUAACCAAAGUGACCAUGGCGGCGGUGCUCUUCGGCGUGGUCUGGUCCAUCACAGAGAAGGAGUGUCUCCCGGGGGGCAGCCUCUUUGGCCUGGUGGUCCUCUUCCUCAGCGCUAUGGUUGGCGGCAAGCUGGUGGCCCUGAUCCGACUCCCCACGCUGCCCCCAUUCCCCCCGCUCCUGGGGAUGCUCCUGGCCGGCGUCCUCCUCCGCAAUGUCCCCGUGGUGACGGACGCCGUGUUCGUCGAGCCCAGGUGGUCGGCCGCGCUGAGGAACGUGGCGCUGGCGGUCAUCCUGACCCGGGCGGGGCUCGGACUCGACGCCUCGGCUCUCAAGAAGCUGAAGGCGGUGUGUGUGCGCGUGGCGGUCGGACCGUGCACCGUGGAGGCCAGCACGGUGGCAGUGGCCUCCCACUUCCUCAUGGGGCUGCCCUGGAUCUGGGGCUUCAUCCUGGGGUUCGUGCUGGGAGCCGUGUCCCCGGCCGUGGUGGUGCCCUCCAUGCUGCAUCUGCAGAAGGAGGGAUACGGCGUGGAGCAGGGCGUCCCCACUCUGCUCAUGGCUGCCGGCAGCUUCGACGACAUCCUUGCCAUCACGGGCUUCACCACCUGCGUGGGCGUGGCCUUCGCCACAGGGUCCACCUGGUACAACGUGCUCAGGGGGGUCCUGGAGGUGGCGGGGGGCAUUGCCUUAGGGGUCAUUCUGGGCUUCUUCAUCCGCUUCUUCCCCAGUAAAGACCAGAAGGACCUGGUGGCCACGCGCUCCUUCCUGCUGCUCGGACUCUCAGUCUUCUCCGUGUUCGCCAGCGGAGUGGCUGGCUUCCCCGGCUCGGGUGGUCUCUGCGCCCUCGUUCUGUCCUUCCUGGCUGGACUGGGCUGGGGAGGGUCAAAGGCUCCUGUGGAGGACGUGGUUGGGAGGACCUGGGACGUCUUCCAGCCCCUUCUGUUUGGCCUCAUCGGGACGGAAAUCACCAUCUCGUCCCUCAAUCCACUGACAGUAGGCCUUGGCAUGGCAGCCCUGUCCAUUGCGCUCACUGUGCGGGUCCUCUUCACCUUCAUCGUGGUGCUCUUCGCUGGCUUCAGCUUUAAGGAGAAGAUUUUCAUCGCCCUGGCAUGGGUCCCCAAGGCCACCGUGCAGGCGGCCAUCGGCUCCACGGCUCUGGACAUGGCUCGCAAGCGGCAGAACGCGGAAUUCGAAGGCUACGGCAUGGAUGUGCUCACGGUUGCCGUCCUCUCCAUCCUGGUCACGGCACCGGUGGGGGCCCUGCUCAUCGGCUUGACCGGCCCCCGGCUGCUGCGGAGGCCCAAGGACCCUGAGUGGAGGACCAGUCGCCCCGAGGAUGCAGGCUGGCAGAGGGGGGUCCCACCUUCUCCACCGCCCGUCACGUACGAAAGCUCCAUCUGAGGGCAAAGCAGAGAAGCUGCACUGCAGGAACGAGAGCCCCCUGUGACCGGGGAGGGAAUCUGGUCACAUCUGAGGAGGAACUAGAGGUGUCACCUCCAAGGUUUGCUUUUCACUGGCAGUGAAGUUAUUUUUUUUCCUUCUCAAUUUACUUAUUA